UUUGAAGCGACAAUGACGCGUAGUAGCUUGCCCUGCCUUCGUGCUGGGCUUCAGAGCACUGAACGCCGUGUUGGAGAUUCACACCUGUUAUUUUCUAAGCUUUCCGCCCCUGAACUCUCUCCUUUGACUGCUACAGCUAGCCAUGGCGUCCUCCUCUACCAUCAACUGCCUGCCCGACGACGUCCUCGUGAAGAUCUUCCGGCAUUCGAAUAGACCCGUAGUCCCACCCGCCGGAUGCUACGCGUUGAGGGCGAUUUCGCAGUGGCCUCUCACGGACCCCGCUGCAGUCGCCGCCUCCAUCGUCCCUGAAGCGGAGUUCUGGCGCGGCUCUUCUCCCGAUCUCCCCAUACCCGCACCUCCCGCCUCCGCCGACGCUGCUCUCGUGCUGGCGAUUGCUGCCGUGUGCCGCCGCUGGCGUCGCAUCGCACACCGGUCUGCGCGAUCGCUGCACGUGCGGCAGGAUCGCAUGGUGGCUCGCGAGGAUCUCGCGCGCAUCGUCGCGCAUUUCACGGCGCUGACGCACGUGCAUCUGAGCGACGGCAGCGUGGACGGCGUCGACGACGACUUGCUCGCGGCUCUCGCGUCCUCGUGCCCGGACCUGACCAUGCUGCUCGUGGGCGCAGGGAUCAACACACCCGACCCCGAGGAGGACGAUUCGGAGGACGAGGAAGGCAAGGAGCGGCCGGUCACGACGGCUGGCUUGGACGCUCUCUUCCGCGCCUGCCCAGGGCUGGAGCACCUGUCCCUGCACUGCGCUUUCCGAGGCUCCAAGCUCCCGCCGUCCUUCUUCCGUCUCACUCGCCUGCGCACGCUGUGCCUGAGAGACCUCACCGCGAUUGAAGAUCCGGGCUUCACCGAUCUCGCUCUCCUCGCGCAUCUCUCCGUGGAAGCCCGUACGGUGACGCUGAGUCAGCUCUCUCGUCUCUCCGCUCUCCCCAAUCUGACCAGUCUGUUCGUCCCCAAGUGGAGCUGGCUUGUAAGGUGCAACGCUGCUUUAACGUUCCCAGACCUACCCGCUCUGCGAUCGCUGGGAUUCGCAGAGCCGGUGGAAGACGCGGAGCUCGCAAUCCGCGCAGAGUGGACGUGCGCGCGUCUCCAGCGCCUGCUGCUGAAUGUUACAAAUGCGAGCCUGCCGGAUCUGUCCAGCGCGCUCUUCCCGUGCCUUCGCGAGCUCUGGUUGUCGGAGAUCCGGUUGGAUGCGCUGUCCUUCACGACGCUCGGCGCCUUGGAGGCGCUCAACAUCUUCGCCUGCCCCGGAUUGCUCACCCUGCCGGAGGACAUCGGGCGCUUGACAAGGCUUAAGUCGCUCGAGCUGCACGUGGUCAAGUGCGCCCGCCUCGCGCACCUCCCUCGCACCAUCUCCGGCCUGACGGCGCUCAAGAUGCUCACCGUGGAAGAGGGGGGUUUGGCAUCGCUGGAGGAGGGGCUCAGUGAGCUCACAGGCCUGCGGUCGCUGGUUCCGAGGAAGUGCCACGCUCUGCAGCACCUCCCGCCGUUGCUCAGCAUGCUUUCGUCGCUGACUGAUCUCGAAAUCAGCAGCCGCAGGGUGGUCAGCCUCCCCGAGGGGAUAGGGCAGCUCAGCAAGCUUUGCCGCCUGUGGCUGGGCGGAUGCGCGCGCCUUGAGAAGGCUCCCGAAUCCCUGCCUGCAUCUCUGCAGGCGCUGGGCUUGGGGAGCGACAGCAGCAGCGUUGAGCUCCCGGACAUGGCGAUGGCUCCCAACCUCAGGCGCCUCUGCCUCAACCGGGUGGCUGUCAGGCAGAGGCUGGCCACCAGCCGCACCCUGUCCGAGCUGGAGCAGCUGGAGGUGCGCCUGGGCCCUGCCAGAGAGGUGCUUCCGGUCAACCUGCGCUUCCUCUCUCACCUCCGUGCCUUGCACGUCUCCCGUGCCUGCAGCCUGCAAGAGCUUCCUAAUGGGAUUGGGUCAGCGGUGCCCCAGCUGCGGCAGCUGCAUGUGGGCGGGGCGGAGUGCCUGGAGGAGAUUCCUGACAGCGUCACGCACCUCACGCACCUCUCCUCCCUCCGCCUUGAGGCUCCCAAGCUUACCUGCCUGCCCAACGGCCUUGGCGUGCUGACGCGCCUACGGGAUCUCUCCCUGCAUGGCUGCUCCUCGUUAAGCCAUCUCCCGCCCUCCAUCACCAACCUCUCGUACCUUGGCAAGCUGGAUGUGAGCGGGAGCCCCCUGGUCGCGCUCUUCCCCAGCUUCCGCCACUGCACGAGGCUGAGGGAGCUGCACCUCGUGGGGUGUGUCAAUAUGAGGGGUCUGCCGGAGGACGUGUGGAGGCUCACGGCGCUGAGGCUGCUGGAUCUGCGCGGCUGGAAUGUCUUCUACGAGGUGUUCCUCCACAUGCGUGACGCGCUCAGGGGGAAACUGGCCGGGUGCAGUUUGCGGCACGAGCAUGGGCCAGCCAUGGGGGCGGAAGACCAGGGUGUCGCUAGCUACCGGGAGGAGCGCUGCUCCCGCCUCUGAUGCCUCCGCUGGUGCCUCAACGGCACCUCAGCAGGUCUAGCGUGGAGGAGCUGCAGCGGAGUGUGCAGUCCAAAGCCAAGGAAGCGGCCGUCACAGAGAUGUGGCAGAAGUUGGCAGCGUCACAAGCCGACUGGGGCCAGCAGGUCCGUA